AUGCAGCUUCCAUGGAGGGUGCUUGUCCUGAGAAUGAAUAAGGGAGCAGAACAGCUACAGGGAAAAAGAAAGGACAGUGGACAACAGGCAGCACAUGCAGCCAGAGCAGCUGAUAAUGGAGCAAAAUCCACUGGCAUAAAGUGGGAGCUGGGGGCAGAGCGUAUUUUCGGAGCGACCGGCGGCCGGCCCGCGGCUACCCGCCCCAAAACCGGGAUGCCUCUCCCCGCGGCGCUGCUCCCGGCGCUGCUCCUCGGGCUGCUGUGGCCAGGGGCGGUGCGUGGCCGGUCGCCCCCGGGUCGCCUCCCCGCCGGGCCCCGCCAGCGCCGCUGGGACGCCGCUCUUUUCGCCCGCUCCGUCGCUCGCCUCCCGGCGGAGCGCCGCGAUGCCGCCCGCGACGGCGACUACCUCCUGGGCAUCAAACGGCUGCGGCGCCUCUACUGCAACGUGGGCAUCGGCUUCCACAUCCAGGUGCUGCCCGACGGCCGCAUCGAUGGGAUUCACAGCGAGAAUCGAUACAGUCUGCUGGAAAUUUCUCCUGUGGAAAGAGGUGUGGUGAGCAUAUUUGGUGUCAAAAGUGGACUCUUCGUGGCCAUGAACAGCAAAGGCAAGCUCUAUGGAUCUGCCCAUUUCAAUGAUGAGUGCAAAUUCAAAGAGAUUCUCCUGCCAAACAACUACAAUGCUUAUGAAUCCAGGAUUUAUCCUGGGAUGUACAUAGCCCUGAGCAAAAAUGGAAGAACAAAGAAAGGCAAUAAAGUAUCUCCCACAAUGACAGUGACACAUUUUCUUCCUAGAAUCUGA